GCUGCAGCGAUGGCGUCUGCUGAUCUGAGACAGGAGCUGGACUGUUCCAUCUGCCUGAGCAUUUAUACAGAUCCUGUAACCCUGAGAUGUGGCCACAACUUCUGCCGGGUCUGUAUUGAUCGCGUGCUGGAUACACAGGAGGGGUCUGGAGCUUAUACCUGUCCUGACUGCAGAGCAGAGUGUCAGGAGCGUCCUGCACUGAUACGGAACAUAACGCUGUGUAACAUAGUGGGGAGUUUCCUGUCUACUUGGCCAGAUCAGGAGGAGACUGGGAUCUUCUGCACUUACUGUGUGGACUCUCCUGUACCUGCUGCUAAAUCCUGUCUGCUGUGUGAGGCUUCUCUGUGUGAUAAACACCUGAGAGUACACAGCAAGUCAGCAGAACACGUCUUAUGUGAUCCCACCACUGCCCUGGGGAACAGGAAAUGCUCUGUACAUAAGAAGGUCCUGGAGUAUUACUGCACUGAGGACGCUGCCUGUAUCUGUGUGUCCUGCAGCUUGGCCGGAGAACACCGGGGCCAUAAGGUGGAGAUGAUGGGUGAGGCCUCUAGGAAGAAAAAAGAAAAGCUGAUAAAUGUUCUGCAGAAACUGACCACAAAGAGAGCGGAGACUGAGAAAAGGGUCCAGAGUCUGCAGGAGCGCAGGAGAGAAUAUAAAGAAAAAACCGCAGGUGUAACAGAGAGAGUCACUGCCCUGUUUAGAGACAUCAGGAGACAGCUGGAAGACCUGGAGAAAAGAGUCUUGAGUGAUAUCUCCAUAAAAGAAGAGCGUGUCUCUAUUUCAGUAUCUUAUUUGAUCCAGCAGCUGGAAAUAAAGAAGGACGAGCUGUCCAGGAAGAUGCGUCACAUUGAGGAGCUGUGUAACAUGUCUGAUCCAGUGACUGUCUUACAGGAACCAGACACAGGGGACUUGUGUGAUACUGAGGACACAGAGAGACAUUGCAUAGGAGAUCUGGAUGUGGGUCUCAUCUCAGGGACAUUACACAGAGGAUUAUCUGAUAUAAUAAAAGGUGUAAAUACAGAGAUCUAUGUACCGGAGCCUACAGACAUAUUACUGGAUGUAACCACAGCUGGUGAUAAUAUAGAGAUAUCAGGUGACAGGAGAACUGCAUCCAGGUCAGAUAUAUACCAGAAUCACCCAGUAACACCAGAGAGAUUUCAGUGUCCUCAGGUAAUAAGCACCAGGGGAUUCUCCUCAGGGCGACAUUACUGGGAGGUGGAUGUUAGUAAAUCAGAGAGCUGGAGGGUGGGGAUGUGUUACCCCAGUAUAGGCAGGAGAGGACGUAAGUCAUACAUUGGGGAUAAUAACAAGUCCUGGUGUCUGUGGAGGAUGAAUACACUGUAUUUUUUGCUAAAUGGCAGUAAGCAGAUCUGUGUCCCUGGCAAUACCCCCUGUGACAGAGUGAGGGUAUACCUGGAUUAUGAGGCAGGAAAGUUGUCCUUUUAUGCUCUAUGUGACUCUAUCAGACACUUACACACCUACAAGGUAAAGUUUACUGAGCCCCUUCAUGCUGCAUUAUUUGUAGCUGGGGGUUGUAUACAGAUAUCUGGGUGAUAGAGCUGGGAGAAAGUACCAUAAAAUAUCCGACCAGAGACCGGUGACAUCAUCUGACUCGUGGGACACUUGUCUAAUAGAAUGUAGCAUUGGGUGGAGCUACAGCGGAACCCCAACCCCUGUGUAGCAGGUGACCAGUGUCUGGAUGUGUCCCCUUGGUGUGUUAGAAACUGUCAUUAUAAAUGUAUAAAUAUACAUCUCUGUGGAAUGUCUCCGCCUCCGGCUCACUGUGAUUGGCUGCAAUAUCUGUCUGUCAGCCGGUG